UCCCGCGGCCGCGCCCGGGGCAGCCGGCGAGGGGAGCGGCAGCGGCACCGGGCGGCGAGCGGCUCCUCGGCGGGUUUUUCCAGGCUUGUGCUCACCAUGGCUGCAGUGGAUCGGUUCUACCUCUUGUACAGCGAGAUCAGUCGUUCCUGCAGCGUUUACAUCGAGGCCCUGGCCGUAGCUGGAGCCUGGUACACGGCCAGGAAGUGUGUGUCCCUUGCCUUGGGCACCUACCGCGCGCUCAGGCUGCACGUCGUUCCCAGGCUGGGCGGCCGGAUGGAUCUGGUCAAGCAGUAUGGAACCUGGGCCGUGGUCACGGGUAGCACAGAUGGUGUGGGGAAGGCAUAUGCUGAGCAACUGGCGAAGCGUGGUGUCAACAUCAUCCUCAUCAGCCGGAACAAGGAGAAGCUGGAGGCUGUAUCUAGGAGCAUAUCUGAAACCUACCAAGUGGAAACAGAUUUCAUAGUAGCUGACUUCAGCAAGGGCCGUGAGCCUUACCCAGCCAUUAAGAAGGCUCUGAAAGACAGAGACAUUGGGAUUUUGGUGAAUAACGUAGGGAUGUUUUACAACUACCCGGACUAUUUUACCAACCUGUCUGAGGAUAUUCUGUGGGACGUGAUCAACGUAAAUAUUGCUUCUGCUAACAUGAUGGUACAUAUCGUGCUGCCAGGCAUGGUAAAGAAGAGGAAAGGGGCAAUUGUGAAUAUUUCCUCUGCAUCCUGUUGUCAGCCAACACCAAUGAUGACGAUAUAUGGAGCCUCUAAAACCUACUUGGACUAUUUCAGUAGAGCACUACAUUAUGAGUAUGCCUCAAAAGGAAUUUUUGUUCAGAGUUUAACCCCAUUUUUAAUUGCUACAAAGAUGGUAGAACACAGCAGCGUUGCAUCCAAGCCAUCUUUCUUUUUUCCUUCUGCUGAAGAAUAUGCAAGUUAUGCUAUUUCUACUCUUGGGUUAUCCAUAAGGACUACUGGUUACUGGCAACAUGCAAUAGAGUUCACGCUGGGUGAAUGCCUACCUGAAUGGAUCUGGGCAUGGUUUGCACUGUAUUUUUGCAGGAUUAUUCGCAAGGAAGCUUUAGCAAGCCAAGUGAAAUAGGAGUAUCCAGAUGUUCCCGUGCAACGAGUACUAUAUUCCAAUCCAAGACCUGCAAAAAUGUUUAAUGAACCUCGGUGGACUCACUGUACCUUAUGCAUACUUUGCUGAACAAGCUAUGUGUGAUUUAGACAUCCAAAGAUGGGAUCUUCUUGGUAUCCUCGUAUUCAGUAGCUUCUCUGCUGCUUCAUUAUGAAGAAAUAAUGUUUUGAUUUAAAAAUACUGACCGAUUUCAAUAAGAUAAUGGAAAACUGACUUAAAGCUGUGUGAUCAUGAUGGUUGUGUGUACAUAAAAAAUGCCUGU